AUGGAGCUGCACAUUGACAGCCACAUGCUUAAAUUCCGCAAAAACCUCGACGAGUACUCCCGAACACACCAGAUUUUCGAUCUCAAAGAGUUGAUAGCGUUCUUUGUUCUCGACGUCCUCGGAGAUCUUGCCUUCCGCUAUCAAUUUGACUCGCAGAUCGAAAAGAAUACUUUGAAACUGCCUCCCAUCAACGAUCACAUCUUUCUUGCUUGCUUGAUGGGCAUGAUGCCCAACUUUAUGCCAUUCGUCAAAGCCGUCUCUCCCUGGAUUCCGAUUCCGUGGGUGCAACGACUUCUUGCGGCACGACAGAAUCUUAAGAACCUCACCAUCGAGUGUGUCAAGAGCCGCAUGGCCGACCCUGGUGCUGCUCGAAAGGAUCUUAUCACCAGUCUGAUCAAUGCUCGGGACCCGGAGACAGGCUCUGAGCUGACGGAGCUAGACAUACAAACAGAGGCAUUCGCGUUUAUUGUUGCUGGCUCUCAUACAACGUCUGGAACUCUAACUCUUCUCUUUUCUCAUAUCCUUCAAAACCCGGUUGUUCAUGCCAAAGUGGUUGAGGAGAUUGAUUCAGUUGUUGAAAACGUUGGGUCGGCAAUUGUACCCAUUAAAGACCUCGAGGCCAAACUUCAGUUUGUUAUGGCAUGUGUAGAUGAAAACUUUCGUAUGAACGCUGUUUUCACCAUGCCACUGGAGCGUGAGGUGACUGCCAAGGAAGGCUUCGAGAUUGAGGGUCACGUAAUUCCCAAAGGCACCGGUGUUUUCAGCCUAAACCACGUUGUUCAUCAUAACCCUGUUAUCUGGGGCAAGGACCACAAUGUUUUCAACCCUUCUAGAUUUUGCGAUCCAGAGGGUGAGAAGCUCCGGCGUUUCCUGAGCCCCUUCAGUAUGGGCCAUCGCAUGUGUAUUGGACGCAAUAUGGCCAUGACAAACAUGCUCAAGCUCGUUGCGACAACGUUCAAAUGUUAUGACAUUGAGAUGGUAGGACCUGUGCAAGAGAUCUCUACCAUUAGCGUUGGAAUUUCAGAGAAAGAAGGUUCAUUGCUGUGUCGUGUUCGUAGACGAUAA